AUGCCAAAAGCUCUCGUUAUUGAAAAAGUUGAGGGCAAACCCGGCAAAGUCUAUUACCCUCUCAAGAUCAUCGACCAGCCAACGGCGCAACCGAAACCCAACCAAGUCGUCGUGAAAAUCACCGCCGCAGCGCUGAACCACCGCGACUUAUUCAUCCGCCAGGCUCUCUACGGCGCAAUCGCAUUCGGAGUCCCACUACUCGCUGAUGGCGUUGGAAUUGUAGUCCGAACCGGCGAUUCUGCCGAAGCGAAGAAAUGGGCUGGCAAGCGGGUCAUUUUGAACCCGGGUGCAGGGUGGAAGGAUGAUGUCGAGGGCCCUGAGGAAGCGUAUUCCAUUCUCGGUGGUACGAAGUUAAAUCCUCUGGGCACGGCGGCCGAGGAAGUCUGCAUUGAUGCUGCGGAGCUGGAAGAGGCUCCGGCGCAUUUGUUCGAUGCUGAAGCUGCUGCUCUGCCGCUGGCCGGGUUGACAGCGUGGCGGGCUUUGGUUACAAAGUCUGGAAAUGCGAAGGCUGGAAGGAAUAUUCUCAUCACCGGCAUUGGCGGUGGCGUUGCGGUUUUGGUGUUGCUGUAUGCGGUGGCGAUUGGUGCGAAUGUCUAUGUCACCAGCAGUAGCGCUGAGAAGAUCGCAAAAGCGAAAGAACUUGGAGCUAAAGGUGGCGUCAAUUAUAAAGAGAAAGGAUGGGAGAAGCAGCUACAGGAAUUGCUUCCAAAGGACCGCAAGAAGCUCGAUGCCAUCAUUGACGGUGCAGCGGGUGAGGUGGUUGCUCAGGGUGUGAAAUUGCUCAAGAACGGGGGUGUCAUCUCACAAUAUGGUAUGACCGUAUCACCGAAGAUGAACUGGAGCAUGCCCGCAGUCCUCAAGAACAUUGAACUACGAGGUUCGACGAUGGGUUCCCGCAAGGAGUUUGCGGAGUUAGUGCGAUUCGUCAACGAGCACAAGCUUCGACCUCUGGUCUCACGGUCGGUCAAGGGCAUCGAAAACUUGGCUGAAAUCAACGGUCUGUUCGAGGAUAUGAAGAAUGGAAGCCAGCUCGGGAAAUUGGUGAUUGAGUUGGCGGACGCGAGCUCGGUGAAGAGCAAAUUGUAG